GGGUGAGAAUAGAGCGGGUAUGUUUGUAUUUGCAACUAGAAAUUGGUUAUCUCUCAUACUUUAUACAUUGUGAAUGGAAGCAAGUAUCGUCGUUCGUUAUACGAAACCGUUUAGUCCUUGCGGUUGCGCGGUAGUUGUACAGUGAUGAACUCUCCAGUCCCGUCUCAUCAACGACGUUUCGACUUCCAGCUCGCAAAGCAGAAAAGCUUGAGGAAUGACCCUAGAGGAAGAGGUCCAAAGCCAGAGCUGACAGAAGAACAAAAACAAGAAAUAAGAGAAGCGUUCGAUCUUUUUGAUACAGAUGGGUCGGGCACCAUUGAUGCGAAAGAACUCAAGGUAGCAAUGAGAGCCCUUGGCUUUGAACCUAAGAAAGAAGAAAUCAAAAAAAUGAUUGCUGAUAUAGAUAAGGAUGGGUCUGGCUCGAUAGAUUUUAAUGAAUUUCUCCAAAUGAUGUCAGCAAAAAUGAGUGAGAAAGAUUCAAAAGAGGAAAUUUUGAAGGCAUUUCGACUAUUUGACGAUGACAAUACUGGUAAAAUUUCAUUUAAAAAUUUAAAGAGGGUUGCGAAAGAACUUGGCGAGAACCUGACCGACGAAGAGCUGCAGGAAAUGAUUGACGAAGCUGACAGAGAUAACGAUGGGGAAAUAAACGAGGCUGAAUUCCUCCGAAUCAUGAAAAAGACAAGCUUAUACUAAGAAAAGCGUCAACAAUCGAAGUAAAGAGGUUGGGGACUAACGAGUUACCUAUUUUUAUAGUGUUUGAAAAUUGAAGAAUUGUCACAAAACUGCUAUUUCUUAUCUUUAAAAAGCAGACCGCAUCAUGAGCUCUGUUCUGCUGCAAAAGAGUUUAGUUCUGGUUUGAUAACUCUCUAAUGAUUUGAUACAAUCUACGUUAUGAUUCUGCUUAAGCCUCCUCUCUCGUAAUGGUUCAGAAAAGAAGCUUGUUCCCGUACCCAAGCUCCUUUGCAAACCUCCCCCACCCUCUACCCCCGCGUUUUUUCAAAUCAAUUUCGACGUGUCUUUUCAAAAAAAAUUUAGACAUUACUUAUGGCCAUGGUGUUUGAAAAUUAACAACUAUCUGUAAACUUAGCAUGGAAAUGUGAAGUAAGUUAAGUUUAUGUUAGAUUAGCAGAGUAUAUUCGAGUUGAGGGGGCAUCUUAAGAUAUUUCUUGUAGGGUAUGCAUGUUUUUCAAAUUACUCACUUGAUAACCCCACUUUCUGGUUACAGAGCUGUUCUGUGUCAUUUUUACGACGCUAGUAGCUUUUGUUGAUUCAAGUCAUGAUAGUAUUUUCUGCAAGGGGCAUAUGAUACCUUCAUGUCUUGAUGUUGCUUCGAUUACCGAUCACCUAUUUUAAUCAGUAACUCGCCCUAUCAACCUGACUUUAGGCCUGCCUUGUUCAGUUCGGCUGUUGAUAGAUUGUGAUUAUGUCGAUUUGUCUCAAGUGAUCGUUUUGAUGAUUUUGUUUGAUUAUUGAUAAAAUAGAAUUGAGUAGAUACUGUUAAAAUAAAUGCAAAUAACCAACACUUUAUUUUGUUGUAAAUAUUUCAGCCUUAGUUAAUAUGUGUUAUCAGCGGUGGCAUUGUUGAUGCACGAAUAACGCGACGAAAGUUCUA